AUGUAUGCCAUGAUUAGCACUAGACCAGAAAUAGCUUAUGCUGUUAGAAAGCUUAGUAGGUAUACUACCAAUCCAGGUGCAAGUCAUUGGCAAACAAUAAAUUCAGUAUUUAGGUACUUGAAAGGAACCAUGAAAUAUGGUUUGACUUAUACUGGAUUUCCUUCGGUUUUAGAAGGUUAUUCGGAUGCAAGCUGGAUUAACAACAAGGAAGUUCAUUCUUCCACAAGUGGAUGGACUUUCCUUCUUGGAGGAGGUCCCAUAUCUUCGGCAUCUAAGAAACAGACUUGCAUAAAUGAUUCGACAAUGGAGUCUGAGUUUAUAGCAUUAGCCGUAGCUGGCAAAGAAGCUCAGUAG